CCUGCCCUUCUUGUUCGUUUCGUUUUUGGUUCCUCCACCCUCCAUUGAUAAAGAUUUCAACUUUCUUUGUAAACAUCACUUUUUGGAGUUUUGGGUAUUUAUUUAAAUCUUCCAAUUAUUAAAUUUAUCCAAAAACCAUACUAAACAGUCAUGUAAUGGCAGAAAAAUCAAAGCUUUCUUCAAAUCUGAAACAAAUAUAUAUAUGAAUGGCAUCAAGAAUCUUGAGAUUUCUUGAUUCUUGUCAAAAUUUAGCUCAUUUAUAUCAAAUCCAAUCACAUUUGAUAAUAACAGGUCUUUUACAAGUGCAAAACCCUUCAUUUUCUUCAAGAUUCUUGAAGUUAUGUACUCAACAUUGUGAUAUUGAAUAUACUGCAUUGGUAUUUAGAUGUAUUCAUUUCCCUGAUACAUUUACAGUUAAUACUGUUAUUAAAGCUUAUGCUUGUAGUUCUAAGCCAGAUAAUGCUGUUGUUUUUUAUUUCCAAAGCCUUAAAAAUGGCUUCUUUCCUAAUAGUUUUACUUUUCCACCACUUAUGAGUGCUUGUGCUAAAAUGGGUCGGGUCGGUUCGGGUCAGAAAUGUCAUGGACAAGUUGUGAAAAAUGGGGUUGAUGGAAUUUUGCAUGUGCAGAAUUCUUUAGUGCAUUUUUAUAGUUGUUGUGGGGUUAUUGGUCUAGCUAGGAAGGUGUUUGAUGAAAUGCCGAUGAGGGAUGUUGUGUCUUGGAAUAGCAUUGUGAAUGGAUAUGUUAAAAUGGGUGAAUUAGUCGUUGCGCAGGAGUUGUUUGAUGCGAUGCCGUAUAGGAAUUUAGUUGGGUGGAAUGUCAUGAUGAAUGGGUAUUUGAAUUCGAAUAAUCCCGGGAAGUGCUUAAAGCUGUUUCGAGAAAUGGCACAGAGGGGAUUGAAUGGGAAUGAUGCAACGAUAGUCAUUGCGCUUGCUGCUUGUGCUCGGUCAGCUCGAAUGAAAGAAGGAAAAUCUGUUCACGGGUGUGUUAUUAAGGCAUCUAAAGAUUUGAAUUUGAUUACUAGUACGACUUUAAUCCAUAUGUAUAGUAGAUGCGGAAGAGCAGAAAUUGCUCGUUUAGUUUUUGAUCGGGUAUCGGUCAAGAACAUUGUCUGCUGGAAUGCAAUGAUUUUGGGGUAUUGCAUUCAUGGAAACGCGAAAGAUGGGCUUAAUAUGUAUUCAGACUUGCUGAGUAGUAAGUCAGAAGGUCCAGAUGAAAUCACAUUUGUUGGUGUCUUGUGCGCUUGUGCCCGUGAAGGAAUGUUAGCAGAAGCAAGAACACACUUUAGUGACAUGAGUGAUGUGUUUGGUAUAAAGCCCAGUUUUGCACAUUAUUGGUGCAUGGCUAAUAUUUUGGCAAAUGUUGGCCUAAUGCAAGAAGCAAUAGAAACACUGAAGAACAUACCAGUGGAGAGCAAUUUGCCACUGGAAUCCUCAUUGUGGUCUGAAUUACUUGGCUCAGCCCGCUUUAGAGGGGAUGUACUUUUAGGGGAACAAAUUGCGCAUAAGUUGAUUGAUCAAGAUCCCAAGAAUUUUUGGCAUUAUUUAUUGCUGGUCAACAUUUAUGCUGCAGCUGGUCGAUGGGAUGCAGUAACUCAGACAAAGGAGAGGAUGAAGAAGAGAGGAAUAGAAAGAACACCAGGUUGCAGUUUAAAAGACGUGAAGGAAAUUGUUCACAACAUGUCAGCGACAUUAAUUGCAGGUAUUCAAAACCUUGUUCUUUGUGGUACACAUUCCAAAGUCGCCAGUGUUUCUAACUUUCUAUGAAUAGGCUCAUAUCUUCUUUUUGAAACUUUGGGCGCUAAUGAAGAACUUCGAAAUGCGUGAGAUGCAGCAGCUUCAAUGGAAGCUUUUGAGAAAAGCUAAACAUCAUGGGAGGCUGACUUUCUUACACACUUAAUGUCUAGUGCUGUGUCCUUGUCCGAGAAUGACUCAAAGUACAUAUAUGCGGCGCUCCUGGUAUGCUUUACUGGUAUACCCCAACUCCCUUGUUCAUCCGUUGAUGUUUUUCUGUUAUAACAAAUUUUAAACUGCGCCAGACAUAUGGAGCUCAAGGUACUUCACUGGACAACCCCAACUCCCUUUUUUAUCUGUUGAUAAAUUUUUCCUGUUAUAACAAUUUUCAGUUACAAAAUUCUUAUUAAAAACAAUACUAAACUGCAAAAAUGCUUAUAUUCAACUAAAAAUUGUGAUUUAUGAUCUCAAAUUUUGACUUUUGUUUGGACUGUUAAUGGAUGUGCAAUUCCUAAUCUUGAACGUCCUCGUUACCGUAUUUUACUUAGAUAAAGAUUUUUGAUUCACAAAUGAUGCAUGUGUGUUUUGUUAUGACAUGCAGAUAUGGAAGACGGAAAUGAUCGAGCUCUGCACCCCGCCUAAGGAACAAGAGUUGGCGUGUUUGGGUAUAAUACUAAAUUGAGCAUUAUACACACAUAUAUAUUUUUCCUUCCGCUGAAUUGAGGAGUAGUUGGGCUUUUAAGUAGCUUUGUCUGAACAAGAGUCUAGAGUUUUUCAAUGAAUCGUCAUUCUGGUGCAGUUUUGCUUCCAAGCAGAUUGCAGGUGGAUAUUUGAGCGGAUUUUACUUGGGCCAGGAUCCCUUGUGCUAGGUAUCUUAUUGGUGUAUGACGUGCUGUUCGACACUGAAACAGUAGUUGAUGGGAGAAAGAAAAAAAAGGGUCACACAACAUCUCGAG